AUGGUACUCACUCCUCCCGACUCAUUUGACCGCGUACGAGACAUGGAUCAUUCGCGGCUUUGUACGUCUCUUCCUGUUUUACUUCUGCUGGCCUCAUUCCCCUUUUGCACUUCGGGACUGUUUCUCUUUCGCUGCCUGUCCUGUCUUGUCCUUUGCGAUGCCGAUGGGCUAACCCUCGUCCUUGCGUCAAAGUUGUUAUUGGCAGUGAUAAAUAUCCUUCCCUGGAUCCUUGCAUUCCUCUACGAUGCGCUCCUGUACCUCGGGCGAAUGGUGUGGCAUGAGAUUCCCGUUUUCGGCGGGCGGGCCAGAGGUGAGAAUAGGCCGAGAGCGCCGAGUCUGAGACAGAGGGCGGGGAGGAGGAUGAGUUUCGCCGAGUUGGUCACGGCGACGACCGGUGCGAGUGGAGGUGGUGCUGCGCCGUCGACGCCGACGAGGGCGGGCACGAGACAAGAAAGGGGCCAUGAGAAGAAUUUGAGCAGGACGAGUAUACCAGAGGAACAAGAACAGGAACAGGAGGAGAAUCCGUGA